AUGCGUUCCUUCGUUGGCCUUGCCGGACUGGCCUUUCUCUCAUCCGCGGUGCUGGCUGCGCCAGCCCCAGCUAUCACAGCACCAGCUACGCUCGAGAACCGUGCCGCGUCCUGCACAUUCUCUGGCUCCAGCGGUGCUGCUUCAGCUAGCAAAUCCAAGACUUCAUGCUCGACCAUCGUCUUGUCAAAUGUUGCCGUGCCGUCGGGAACCACACUUGACCUGACUGGUCUCAAUUCCGGAACCAAGGUCAUUUUCGAAGGCACCACCACCUUCGGCUACAAAGAGUGGUCCGGUCCCCUCGUCUCCGUCUCCGGAACUGACAUCACCGUCGAAGGAGCCUCUGGCGCCGUCCUGAACGGKGAUGGCUCCCGCUGGUGGGACGGCGAGGGCAGCAACGGCGGCAAGACUAAGCCCAAGUUCUUCUACGCUCACAGCCUCAAGUCAUCUUCCAUCAGCAACCUCAAAAUCCUGAACUCCCCCGUGCAGGUUUUCAGCAUUGACGGUGCUCAAACUCUCACUCUCGACUCUAUUACGAUUGAUAACUCGGCUGGUGAUUCUGCAGGUGCUCACAACACAGAUGCGUUUGAUGUUGGUGACUCCAAUGGUGUUACCAUCUCGAACGCUAUUGUGCAGAAUCAGGAUGAUUGCUUGGCUGUCAACUCUGGCACAAACAUCAUCUUCACUGGUGGUACCUGCUCCGGUGGCCAUGGCUUGUCCAUUGGAUCCGUAGGAGGCCGCUCCGACAACACUGUUAAUACCGUCCACAUCGAGAAUUCCACCAUCAAGAACUCCCAAAACGGUGUUCGCAUCAAGACCGUCUAUGGCGCCACCGGCUCCGUCUCCGGCGUAACCUACAAGGACAUCACACUCUCCGGCAUCACCAAAUACGGCAUCGUCAUCGAGCAGGACUACGAGAACGGCAGUCCUACCGGUACCCCCACCACCGGCGUCCCCAUCACGGGUCUUACCAUCGAUGGUAUUACGGGUAGCGUCAGCAGCUCUGCCACCGACGUCUACAUUCUGUGUGGCAGUGGUAGCUGCUCUAACUGGACCUGGGAGGGUGUUACUUUCACCGGUGGAAAGAAGAGCAGCAGCUGUAAAAAUAUCCCUAGCGGCGCUAGCUGCUAA